AUGAUUCUCGUUAUCUUCGCCGUUCGUGCGGUCCUGCGUCCCCUCGCUCGACCUUCCCGGACGGCAGUGACAAUUUACCCGACAUCAAUCGUCGACGGCAAGCUCGAGAACUGCGCCUCCAAAGGCAUGCCUGACUGGCUCCUGCUAGCCGUGCGUCCUGGUGGCAUCCAUUGCCAGCUCAGGCGCCGCUCGGACUCGGUCGACGGCCGCCCAAGUGCUUGGCUCGUGCCCAGCCGACCGGCAGGCGACGCCCACUCACUGCUAGGCUAA